AUGGCUCGCGGUGCGAACUUCAGUUUCGCGUACAACAGCAUUAUCCUUGACCACCGAGCUAUCCAAACGCGCCGUGCUCUAAGUCGAGUCAAGGCCAAUUAUCAUCUGUUCCUGCGCAAUCAACCCAAAGUACCACAAUUCCGCGUGCAGGAUCUCCAGCCUGUGAGGAAGUGGCAGGUGCCCAAGAUGAAGAUCAUCGAGGAAUGA